AUGGCUACCGCGCACGCUACGCAUCGCGAGUCAUGGGAUUCACUGUCCUCCACCUUCGCCCAUCUGGAGGUGUCAUUUUCUCAGGAUAGCUGCUACGGGUCAGACGAAGUCUCUGUCACAUCCAACAAGCCCGCUCCUCUGCAGUCCAGCGUGGAGACCUUCGUUGAGAAGCGUUCGCCUACUCUGCACCCCUUCCUGAAGUCGAUUCUGAAAACUUCUACAUCCGAUGCGCAUGACGCGUCUGAUGACUCGGAGUCUGAAUCCGGUUACGGAUCGGACGACAUCGAGUUUGAGUACGACGCACUCUCUGAGGGCUCCGAGGAUGAGGACGAGGAUGAGGACGAUAACAUGUCCGACUUUUCGGUCUGGGAAGAGACUUCCGAAGUCCCCGAGACCCGCGAAGAUCGCACCGACACCUUCGACGAUGAUUUCAUCGCCUUUGAGCCCUCCGUUCGUUUUGCUACCGAUAUUGAGUACAUCGAUAGCUCCGACCUGGAUAUGGCAGAUGACGAGGACACCACCGAGCCUCAGAUGACAUGCCAUGAAAUGAUGAUGUUGGCGCUCAAGGCUGGAUCUUUGAGUUCUUCUGUGCUGUCCGACGACCACAGCGACGACGACGAUGAGGAGCAAGAGGAACAAGAGCCCCGUCACGCCGAAUUCACUCGCGCUGCUGUCACUCACCCUGAGGACUUUUCCCGUGACAACGUCGACGUGGACCGCCAACUCUUCAUCGCCUACAUGAAUGGCAUUCAUGGCAUCGCCGAUGCUAAAUACAAAGCAUACAUCCAGACGCAGGCGGAUAACGUCCGACUUGGCAAUCAAACGGAGUCGAUGCAUCCCGAUGACGCCCACUGCAUGUACCUGGAUCUAAUCCAAAGCCACGUCAUUGGCGUCUUCCCCAACCUUCUUUCGACGGGCGAAUUUGAUACUCUUCUGGAACUUCGCAAGCAGAACGUCGCUGGCUUGCAAGCCGAACGCACCGCCGCCCCCCUCCCUUCCUCUCCUCACCGACUCCUUCUGGACAAGGUGGAGCAUUUGCUCGAGCACCGUCUGGCUAUUGGUCGGAUUCAUGUCCUGCCGGACGAGAUGAGUUUCCUCGCCGGUGGAGUCAUUCAGGCACUCGACGCCCACCAAUCUCACGAUUAA